AUGGAUCAAACAUAUGCAACCUCCCUCCCUCACGAGGCAACUUCUCAAUCCCGCACCUUGGCGGUAGACUUUACAUGGCGAAAGCUCAAGACCCUCAUAACGGACACCAACGAAUCAAACCCGACGCCAUUAUAUACCGUCGAUUGCAACAUCAUCACAAACAACUUGACCUUCAAGACGCCUCAGAAUGACCAAAUCAUCGGAACCGGCUCUGCCCAUGCCAUCAGCAUUAGUCCAGACUACCAGCUCCACGGUGUCAAGGGAACACUCAAAGCCCAGAAACGACUCCGCACGGUCUACACCCACGUGUCUACCACCUUCUCUACUACGGGCGCUCCAGCCAAGAUGACAUGGACGAGUAAGAGUGGUUUCAAGACUUGGGACUUUAUCUGUGUCGACGAACAGCAACAGCCCGUGGCUAGGUUCUCCGCCAACAUGUGGGCUUUGAAGAAGGUUGGAAAGAUUGAGUUGCUCGGGCCCAAAGCUCUCGAUGACGCUGCCCGUGAUGAGAUUGUGGUUGUUGGGUUCACAUUGUAUUACUGCUGGAUCCUUCGUGUGAACAAUCCUUUCAAUCUUCUGGGUUCCGCAUUCCUUUCCAAGGAGAAGCCAGAAAAGGUGGACAAGCUCGAGGGUUUCGAGAAGGUCACACCUCUGCCAGUUGAACAGAGACAGGCGAAUGUGAUUAACUAG